AUGAAAUUCCUCUGUCUUCUGUCGGCUUUUGCUGUCUUCUUUGUGGCUUUGUCUCAAAGCAAUUAUCAUGAAAAUCCAUGAUUUCAGGUCGAAUCUCAAGAAUCCGGCUGGUCCGAAUGGACUGAUAAGCCUGGCGAAGCUUGCGACGACACUUGCGGCGCUUGCGGUGGCCUCAAACAAAUCAGAACUUGCCAAACCGCCAAUGGCUGCUUGUUAGUUUCAAAACCCAUUAGGUUGAUUUCGAACUCCUGAAACCUCGUAAGAUUUUCAGAGGAGCGAAUGAGCAAAUCGUGGCGUGCAACUUGGAAGUUUGCACCUUUCCUCGUCCCCUUUGCUGUUCUGGCUACAGCCCAGAAGUCAAGGACAGCAAGCGUAUCUGCACUGAGAAGCCAUGA